AGAAUCUCAGAAUCUAUAGCAGAAUAUGUAGCUCGUACUCCUACCCUUUCAGAUGAUGGAGCAGUGACACUUGGAUCUAAAAGAAGCACUUUGUUUGAAGUUGAUGCUAAAACUGGAUCAAUCAUUCAAGUCCAUGCGAUGCCUGAUCCUGUUAAACCUUGGAGUGAUGGGAGGCAAAAUGUUACAAAUAUCCCCAACAUAUAUAAUAGGGAUAUAGCUGAUCCUGUGAAACUUAAUUCACCACAGCUGCUGCUUAAGAUUUUUAGGACAGAUUAUUCCCUUCAAUCUGUUAGUCCGAGCUCAGAAAUAGUUUUGUGGACUAUGGCCUUAGCUGAAUUUCAGGCUGUAUUAUUAUGCCAACAUUCCUCUUCUGAUAUAGAGGAUGAGUAUGUUUCUGAUAGUGGCCUCAAUUUCACAAUGCCAUACCCCUGUCAAGAGAUACGACAAGUCUUCCGCCUGAAAAAGAAUUUUCUAUUUGAACCUUCUCUAAUGCUUCCUUUGCAGCCAAAUAUUGAUAGAUUAUUCAAUGGUGAUGAUGAUAAUAUGAUGCUCUCUCAACCUCUCAUCAAGGUUACUACACCAAGGGAAGUUUAUUUGAACAGGACAAUUGAAUGGCCAACUCCAUUACCUCUUGUAUUGUUUACCAUCUUUCUGUUGGCAAUUUCACUCAUCUAUACUCUAGUGAUUAAGGAUCAAGAAACACCGAAGGACCAAAAUAGUGAGUCUGAAUUACAAAGUUCACCUGCUAAGAAAAAGAAAACACAUAAAUCAGGAAGGAAAAAUGACAUUAUUGAUAAAAGGGAGGAUCAUAUGUCUUCAGAGGAUGGGAAGGUUCUGGCAGAAAAAGAUAAUGAUAGAGAAGUAUGGAAGCACUUCAAUCAUGUUAAUGAAAAUGUUGAUGGACGAAGAAUUGGUAAAAUAUUUGUUUCGAACAAAGAGAUUGCUAAGGGAAGCAAUGGCACCAUUGUGCUUGAGGGUAUAUACGAAGGUCGAGCAGUUGCUAUCAAACGUCUUGUCAAGGCUCACAAUGACAUAAGUUUUAAAGAAAUAAAUAACCUUAUCAUGUCUGAUUUUCAUCCAAAUAUUGUUCGAUGGCAUGGUGUGGAGUACGAUAACGAUUUUGUUUACCUUGCUUUGGAACGAUGUACAUGCAAUUUAGAUGAUUUGGUUCAAAUUUAUUCAGAUAUAUCAGUAAACUCUACGUUUAGGAAGGACCAAGGUAUUGGAUGUUUGAUUAAGUCCCAAAUAGAUAUUGGGAAGGAUAGUACACAGUGUCUUUGGAAGGAAAAUGGCUAUCCAUCUCCUCUAUUACUAAAACUGAUGAGGGACAUUGUUUCCGGGGUCAUUCAUUUGCAUGAAUUAGGAAUAAUACAUCGAGAUAUGAAACCACAAAAUGUUCUAAUAACCAAGGAAAGAUCCUUAUGUUCUAAACUUUCUGAUAUGGGAAUUAGCAAAUGUCUUCUUGAAAAUAUGUCUUCUCUGGGUAAUAAUGCAACUGGUGGUGGCAGUUCAGGUUGGCAAGCACCAGAACAACUUGUUCAAGGACGUCAAACACGGGCAGUAGAUAUAUUCAGUUUAGGUUGCGUCUUCUUUUUCUGCAUUACUGGGGGAAGACAUCCAUUUGGAGAACGUAUUGAACGGGAUAUCAAUAUUUUGAACAAUCACAUGGACCUUUUCUUGGUGGAGUUCAUUCCCGAAGCCAAAGAUCUUAUUAGUCGUUUACUGAAUCCUUACCCUGAUCUAAGGCCAAAAGCGACUGAAGUAUUGUACCAUCCUUUUUUCUGGAAUUCCGAGAAGCGGCUUUCCUUUUUGCGUGACACCAGUGAUAGGGUGGAAGUGGAAAAUAGAGAGACUAAUUCUGAUCUUUUGGUCACAUUAGAAAGCAUUGCCACAGAUGCCUUGGGUGGAAAAUGGGAUGAAAGGAUGGAACCAGCUUUCAUUGCUAACAUCAGUCAUUAUAGGCGGUAUAAUUUCAACAGUGUUCGAGACUUGUUGCGAGUUAUGAGAAACAAACUAAAUCAUUACAGAGAAUUGCCUCAAGAAAUCCAGGAACUUGUAGGACCUGUUCCCGAAGGAUUCUACGAAUAUUUUGCAAAUAGAUAUCCAAGACUCUUGAUUGAGGUGUAUAAAGUUAUACUGCAUUAUUGCAAGGAGGAAGAAUGUUUCCAAAGAUAUUUUAGAUGUGUUGAUUAGGGCUUUGGCAUGGCUUCAGCAUGAAGCUGUUUAUGUUGAUAUUUUAUAAAUGUAAUAAUGUAUAUAUACGUGUAUUGGUCCAACCUAAAGUUACUUGUCUCUUAAGUUAAAAGAGUGCAAGCUAAUCAAAAUUAUCUUUAAUCUCUAAGAUGGCAUAAUAAAGAUUGUAAUGAAUUUAACUGAGACAACUAGGGUCAGAAUGUUUUAUGUUUACUCACCCAG